AUGGGCUGGCAUCCAGAGACUGCAAUCAAUGCAUAUCUUGAUACAAUAAAGAUGAGAACGGAGAGAAAAUCCACAUUCUUGGAGAUUACUGAACCCCAGAGCAGCGAGUUCAUAUCAGCUUUGGCAGCGGGAAUGAAUGCACAGAAUAUUAUAGAAGUGUGCUCUUGUGCAGCAGCCUCCACUGUUGCGCUUGCAAAUGCUGCUUACCACACUGGGGGCCAUCUAGUCUGCAUUUUACCGGAGGAUGAAACCCUAACAGAGCUGCAGAAGACUAUAAAGGAACUGGGCUUGGAAGAUACUACAGAAUUUGUAAGAGGAGAUGCCCAACAUCUACUUCCCAUUUACAAAGAUAUAGAUUUUGCUGUUAUUGACUGCAAUACAAAAGACUAUGGAGGACUAUUUCAGCACUUGAAUGUAAAUCCCACUCGGGCUGUUGUGAUUGCUCAUAAAUUAUUUGAUAGAAAAGCCAACUUUGCGUUUCCGGAGGGCUUUAAGAGGAAGCUGGGAGCCCAAUCUACCACCCUCCCCAUCGGCAAAGGCAUAGAGAUCACCAGAAUCGGCAAUGCUAUUAUUCACAAAUGUACUUCGACAAAGACCAAGAUUCCAUAA